AUGGCUUCAAUGAAAAUGGAAGAAGUAGAACAGCAACGUGUCGAUUCUCUCUCAUCCAUGGAGAACAGAUACCAUGUGAAAGAUUUUGUGUGGUCUAAAAAUGAAUGGCCAAAGAUAAACCAUGACGAUUUCGAAGAAGGCGACGACAUUCCCAUUAUAAGCCUUUUGAACAUCAUGAAAGGUGGGAGGAGCCAUGAGUAUGAUAAGGUGUGCAAGGAGAUGGUGGAUGCUAGUGGGAAGUGGGGCUUUUUCAAGCUAAUCGAUCAUGGGUUCCCACUCAAUACCAUAGAGAACAUGAAAGAGAGUUGCCAUGAGCUGUUCGAUCUCCCCAUGGAGGAGAAGAUGAAGGGUGCAAGGUCAGCAAGCUUACCGUUGGGGUAUUGUGCUAGUAAUCCUGAUUAUGGGCAUAACCUACCGUGGGCUGAGAUCCUUCAAUUACUUCAAUCUCCAGAGCAAGUUGUUGCAUUUUCAAAGAAGGUGUAUGGAGACCAACAUCGGCGAUUAAGCGCUGCGAUUUUGGAGUACAUGCGUGUCUUGGAUGGAUUAGGAAUGGUUAUAUUCAAGAUGUUAGCUCAUGGUCUGGGCUUGGAAGAUGAUUUUUUCACGAAGAAUUUUGAUGAGAAAGAGGCGACAAUGAUUAGGGUGAAUAGGUAUCCUCCCUGCCCUCUUCCUGAGAGGUGUUUGGGCCUUGGGAGUCACUCGGACCCACAUACGCUCACGAUUUUGCUUCAGGAUGAGGUGGGUGGCCUACAAGUUCAAACUGACGGUCGUGAUCGGUGGGUGGGGAUUCGUCCAAUUCCAAAUUCAUUUAUCAUAAAUAUCGGUGACACACUUGAAGCAUGGACUAAUGGAAGGCUAAAGAGUGUGGUCCACAGAGCUGUGGUCAAUAGAGAGAAAAUGCGUCUAUCUGCCGCUUAUUUCCUCAGUCCCACCAGCAAUGUGAUCAUCGAAUCCCCGCCAGAGCUUAUCAACACCGAAGAUGGGAAUCCGAGGAAGUACCGACCCUUCACAUGGGGAGACUUCAGGAAGGAGUUGAUAAUACAGAAGAGGGUGUUAGGGAAGACUGCCCUUGAAAGAUACCUCAUUUCCACUUAAUAGAUUGGAUGGUCGAUUAACGGUCCAAGAUCAAGGUUCAAGUGUGGGCCCUGCUAACUUUGAGUAUUUGGGUUAAUGGGAUGUGAUUCAAAAUUACAUAUGGGCCCCAUCUAUC